GUGCAUCUGCUCCAUCCUCCACCUCCACCUAGCCUCCCAGCCGCGCCACCCACACACACACCACACUCACUCAGCAGCAGCUGCUUCGCGCGCCAGAUUCGCCAACCCUCUGAGCUCUGAGGUCUGAGCUGAGCGAAGCGGAACAUGAAGGAUGACGGCGGCGGCGGGUUCGUGCGGGCGGACCAGAUCGACCUCAAGACCCUGGACGAGCAGCUCGAGCGCCACCUCGCGCGCGCAUGGACCAUGGACAAGCCGCCGCAGCCGCGCGGGGAGCAGGAGCCCCCAAAGCGGAGGGAGGCCUGGGAGGCCGACCCCGCCAGGCUCGUCGUCCGCGCCGUCAUCGCGCGAGGCACCUUCGGCACCGUCCACCGCGGCGUCUACGACGGCAUCGACGUCGCCGUGAAAUUACUUGAUUGGGGAGAGGAUGGUCAUAGGUCAGAACAAGAAAUAACGGCUGUAAGAGCAUCGUUUUCACAAGAAGUCUCCGUCUGGCACAAGCUUGACCAUCCAAAUGUAACUAAGUUUAUAGGGGCUAUAAUGGGUGCUAGGGAUCUGAAUAUUCAGACAGAAAAUGGAAAUAUUGGCAUGCCAAGUAAUGUCUGCUGUGUUAUUGUGGAGUACCUUGCUGGAGGUGCACUGAAAACAUUUCUGAUCAAGAACAGGAGAAGGAAGUUAGCUUUUAAAGUUGUGGUUCAAAUAGCUCUUGACCUUGCCAGGGGAUUAAGUUAUCUUCACUCGAAGAAAAUUGUGCAUCGCGACGUGAAGACUGAAAAUAUGCUUCUCGACAAAACAAGAACCGUAAAGAUUGCGGAUUUUGGUGUUGCUCGCCAUGAGGCUGCAAAUCCCAGCGACAUGACAGGCGAAACAGGCACCUUGGGUUACAUGGCACCUGAGGUUCUCAAUGGCAACCCUUACAACAGGAAAUGCGAUGUCUAUAGCUACGGGAUCUGUUUGUGGGAGGUAUACUGCUGCGAUAUGCCGUACGCAGACUUGAGCUUCUCGGAGGUCACAUCUGCUGUUGUUCGACAGAACCUGAGGCCAGAGAUCCCGCGCUGCUGCCCAAGCUCCUUCGCCAACGUGAUGAAGCGCUGCUGGGACGCGAACCCCGACAAGCGGCCUGAGAUGGCCGAGGUGGUGUCCAUGCUGGAGGCGAUCGACACGUCCAAGGGCGGGGGCAUGAUCCCCGUGGACCAGCCGGGAGGUCUCGGUUGCCUCUCGUGCUUCCGGAAGCACAGGGGCCCUUGAACCCUCGACGGAUGGACCUUGCACGCAUGCGGAUUGACCAGUAGUUUUCUUUCUGCAUGGAGAUUGCUCGCGUAAGUUGAUUGCAUUUGGUUUAGUUUUAAGGUACGCAAACUGGUUAAUGCAGCUAAGCUUGUGAUCCUUUGGUAGCCCCUCUGAUGUAAAUUCCUCUGUCUAUCCAGUCUGUUUGUUAACGAAAGAACCGCGGCUCGUUCGUCUA